AAAAAAAUUCCAUGUGCUCAGAGUACAUGAACAUAAUUGCAUCUAUAUAAACUCUACUUCUUCCCUCUUCUCUUUCUUAUUCUACCUUAGUUUACUUGAAUCAAACCUUGAGACAGAAGGGAAGCAGAGAAACACAUGCACAAUAGUUGUAUUUAAUCUUGUGUUAUCAUUCCAAGAAUUUACUCAAAUAUCCUAAACAGACUCCAUCUAGUCCACCAAUAAUAUGACACUAAUUUAUGCCAUACUAAUUUUCACUCAUCUAAUAGGAAUUUCACAAAGCAAACUCCAAGUUGGUUUUUAUGGCCAAACAUGCCCUAAUGUUGAAACCAUAGUUAGUGGUGUUGUCAGUGAAGCUGCAGCCUCAAACCAAAAUAUAGCUCCUGUCUUGCUUAGACUUCAUUUCCAUGACUGCUUUGUUCAGGGAUGUGAUGGAUCAAUUCUAAUAGAAAAUGGAGAAACAGCAGAAAGGCAUGCAUUUGGGCAUCAGGGUGUUGGAGGAUUUGAAGUUAUAGAGAAAGCAAAAGUAGAGGUUGAAGCUGUUUGUCCUGGACUUGUUUCUUGUGCUGACAUUGUUGCUUUGGCUGCUAGGGAUGCUAUACUCUUGGCAAAUGGGCCUUCCUAUGAUGUGGAAACAGGAAGAAGAGAUGGGGUGGUUUCAGACUUAUCUUUGGCUGAAAACAUGCCAGAUGUUGAAGAUUCCAUUCAGCAACUCAAAGCUAAGUUUUUAGAGAAAGGCCUCUCUGACAAAGACCUUGUGCUCCUCAGUGCUGCCCAUACAAUUGGUACCACUGCAUGUUUUUUCAUGACCAAAAGGCUCUACAAUUUCUCCCCCAAUGGAGGUUCCGAUCCAUCAAUAAACCCUAAUUUUCUUCCCGAGUUGAAGGCUACUUGCCCGCAAAACGGAAACGUUAACGUCAGGUUAGCGAUGGAUCGGGGCAGCGGCGAAGCAUUCGACAGACAAAUUCUGCAGAAUAUUAGGAGUGGCUUUGCUGUGUUACAAUCUGAUGCAAAUUUAUAUAGAGAUGAGACGACAAAGAGAGUUGUGGAUUCUUACUUUGGGAUUCUUAGCCCAUUUUUGGGGACAUCAUUUGAGGCUGAUUUUGCCAAUGCAAUGGUAAAAAUGGGCAGAAUUGGUGUACUUACUGGCUCUCAAGGAACUAUUAGACGUGUUUGUGCAUCUUUUUAGUCGACACAGUUGUGAUUACUUAUACAGCAAAACAAAAUAGCAUAUAUAUAUAUAUAGUUACGUUGUGUCUCUAGAUUAUGUACUUGUGUAGCAAAAAAAGUUGUACAAUACCGAAUUUCUAAUAGUACGAACCUCUUCACCUUCUA